AUGGCGACGCGAUGGGAUGGGGCCGGCGUGCCGGACGUGCUCAUCGCCCACGCCGCCGUCGUCUGCGCGGCCGUGGCCAGUGGCGACGCCGACCGCUUCCUCCAUGAAGACCCGGCCGCGCUGCCCUACUCGGUCUACUUCAGCCUGCCACCGCUCUACGCGAGCGAUGAGUUUGUCCUCGUCGAAACGCCCGACUGCGUCGUGUGCUGCGUCAAGGCGCCAGGCACCGCGCAGCAGCUCAUUGAGGUCACCGAGCGGCAGACCAUCUUCCAGUAUGCUGGCCGGGUCCACGCCUCGUUCCAUAAGCGCGCCGUGUACAUUCGCUCGGUGCUGGAAGAGCUCACCGAGGCGACCAAGCCCCUCGUCUUUACAGGCCACUCGACGGCCGGUAGCAUUGCGCAGCUCUGCCUCCUCGAGACAUUAUUUCGUUACUGCUGCUCGGACGAACUGCAGUUUGCGAUCGAGACCAUUGACGCCGACCACCGCGAGAAGAACCCGAGAACGCUCAUGUCGCUCCACGAGCUCAGCGACGCGCUGCAGCUCGACCUCGAGAUGCUCUUGCCACAGCCGUCGAUCGCCGCCGACAUGGCGCGCCGCUUUUAUGCGGUCGGCUUUGGGGCACCGUGCGCCGCGAGCGCCAACUGCCGCGAGCUCUUCACCUCGCUGAACCUGCCGCUGCAAUUGAUCACGCUCGUCAACGAGUACGACUGCAUCCCAUCGAUCUACAACGUCGCGCAGGCCGCGUCGGUUGCCGCCAAGACAACGACCAAGUUCAUUGCGAUCUCGAAAGCGACGGCGUCGCUCCUCGGGCUCUUCCCGACCGUCGAGCGCCUCGACAUGGAAGGCAGCGGCGUCAACCUCGCGCCGAGCGUCUACAUCAAGAUGACGUGGUGCAUCUUGGCGACGACAGCGUAUGUCAACAUGACGUGGUCGGUGCUCCAUAAGGUCUUUCGGCAAUUCCAAGACCACGUGCUCGGGCCCGCGUGGCGCGACGUGCAGUACGUCCCCUUUGGCAGCUACGCCUUUCUGGCCAAAGAGUCGUUUGAGCUUGUCAUUGAAAACGACGCGGACGCGGUCCUCGGCAAGCUCCAAGCGACGCUCGAGGUGCUCUCGGCACAUGCGCUCUGGCAGCACGUCAUGCCGGCGUACCUCUCCCAAGUCCUCAAGCGCGUCGACGACCGCCAUCCAGACAUGGACCACUACGAGCGACUGCAGGUACCUCGAGACGCCUCGUCGACCGCGAUCGUGGCGGCCUACCGAUCGCUCGCACUGCGCUGGCACUCCGAUCGGUGGUCGAGGUCGUGCGACUCGACCGAGCUGGCCUUUGCCGAAGACAUGUUCAAGCUACUAGCCGAGGCAUACGAAGUGCUUUCCGACCCGAGAGCCCGCGCCGAGUACGAUGCCAGCCUCGCGCACGCCAAGCGCGCGGACACCACCAAGCUAUUUUCGCUCUCGCUGGACGACGCGCUGCUUCUCUUUCAACGCGAAGCCGACAAGUGGCAGUGGGUGGUGCGGCCGAUGGCUCGGUCGGCAAGCAAUGCGCUGGGCGUUGCGCGUGCCAAGCUCACUCCGCACCGCUUCGAGACGGGCAACCACGACAACGUCUUCCUCGGGCACAAGAUGCGCGUGCUGCGGGACGAUACGACGAUCACGUACGUGGGUCGAGACGACGUGCUUCCGACUGACCGGCCGCUGUCGUCCAAGCUCUCGGGGCGCACGGCCGCGUCCUUGGUCGGUGGCGCCGUCGCACUGGGCGCCGGUGUCGCUCUUGUCAUGAAUGCGUGGUCCCAGUACAGCGACGGUAUGAAGCGCCAGCGGCAAGCCCACACGGUCCACCAGAUGCCACCGCUGUACCUCGAACGCCUUUUGACCGACGAUGUCGACGACGAUGCGAGUCUCGAAGUGCUCGAAGAGUUCUACGAUUGCCUCGACGAGCUCGAGCUCGCGCGGCUGCAGCAGUCGGCCGAAGACACCUUCUUCGACUGCCUCGAGAGUACGCUCACUGUCUGCGACGACACGGAGCACCGCGUCGUGUUUCCCAACGGCGCGUCCGUGCGGACGCCGUUCGGGCGUGGGGUUGUCGUCGACGCGUCGCUCGACGGUAUCUACUCGAUCGAGAUCCACGGCCUCGGCACGGCGGUAUUUUCGUCGCUGGCGCGCGCCACGGACGAGAUUGAGCGGCUUGAAUUUGGCGCCAAAGUGCUCUUCACCGAGUUUGACCCGUCGGGCGAUGGCGCUGUGCCCAUUGCGGACGGCGUCGCGCUGGUGCAAAAGCUGUGUCGCGCCGCGGGUCUCUCGCCGCCCGACGCCAUGCCAACGUCCGACGACACGCUCUCGUGGACGGCGUUCUGGGAGUGGGUGAGCCUCGAAGCGGUGCGCAAACUCGAGGCCCUCGAAGCCGAACACGACGUCGAGUACAGCGGCGGGUGGUGGCCUCGGUACCUUGGCUCCUUUGCCUACUCGCCGCCGCCGGUGACCAAGCCACUCCGGUCGCAAUCCGCACCGAUGCUCAGCGCGGUUGUGGCAACACCGCCGACGUCGCUCGAGCGGCAACGACGGCCGACGGUGACGAGCCGCAAGAGCCUGCACGUCGAAGCGGCCCAGCUCGAGUGCCUCGUCGACCACGAUUGGCUCACGAAGGAGGACGCGUACCACCUCAAGACGCUCAUGCUGUCGGACGACGCGGGUCUGCAGAAGUGCGCACUCGAAACGAUCCACACGAUGCAGGAAGCCUGGGAGGUCGAGAGCGAGGGCGGCUGUCUCAUCACGUCGGCCUUCUCGCCCGUCGACGCGCCCGACGUCGACGACGAUCGCCAGGUGGAAGCGAACGGCGCGCCACGCUACGACGAGCGCGAGUGCUUGGACGUCAUGUGCUCACUGCUCUCGGCGGCGGGCGUGCGAAGGCUUCUGCUGGAGCACGGCGUCGACGUUCCGGACCAGGCAUCGUUUACCCACCGCGACCUGCACGGCCUCGCGCUCACGUAUUUGGCCGACGAGCCGCUGUAG